AUGAGUGAGAGAGAGAAAGGUGAUCAUGGGAAGAAUCCUGGCAAAUCAAGUGAAGAACUUGACAUUCUUCAAAGAAGUAAUAAGAGGAAUAAAGGUGAGGGAGAUCAGUUUUCAAAUGAUGUAUCUAUGAUACCUAGACAUGAAGGUUGGAUGGAAGAUGAGAAUGGCCAACGUUCAACCUGGAGGGAAAUUUUGAUGCGUCAUAAUGGAGAAGAUGAUGAAUGGAAAGGAGAGGCGUCUGCCGAGGAAGACUUAGAUGGGGAGGAACCUGCUGAUGAAGAGGAUGUCAACCAUGGAGGAAUUAAGAUGUGGGAGGAAGAUGAUGGGCGUACUUAUUUUAGUUGCACCAAAAGAGCAAGGAAGAGAAUGAGGAAACCUUGGGAGAAAGCUCUGAUUGUUAAACUCCUUGGGAAGAAAAUUGGGGUGGAGUUUAUGAAGAAAAAAAUAAAUGUCUUAUGGGCUAGAAAAGGCAAAAUCAAUGUCACUGAUAUUGGUAAUGACUUUUUCGUAGUCCAGUUUAGUGAGAAGGAUGAUCUCAAUUUUGCGUUGAACGGUGGUCCAUGGAUUGUUUUGGGUCAUUAUUUAUCGUUGAGGAAGUGGGAACUAACUUUCAGACCUAAUAGUGCUGGAAUUGCUAAGAUUGCUGCUUGGAUUCGUCUACCGGAUAUUCCCAUUGAAUUCUAUGAUGAAGCUUUUUUUAGAAGGAUUGGAAAGUGGUUAGGCAAGAUGAUCAAGGUAGACAGCAAUACAAAUGCUCAUGUAAGAGGACGGUUUGCAAGAAUAUGUGUGGAACUGGACCUAUCUCAGCCAUUAAAGGGUGAUUAUGUGCUGGAAGGAUUUACCAAACAAAUUGAGUAUGAAGGAUUAGGGCUCAUUUGUUUUGGUUGUGGGAAAUAUGGACAUAGCACCGAGAAUUGUUCAGCUGCUCCAAAGCAACGCAGUUCAUCCGAUAUUCAUAAUGACGAUCAAAUUCAUCAAGAGGAACCUGGCAACUCAGAAUUCCAUCGAAGCAAAGGAUUGGGACCUUGGAUGGUUGUUAACCGUCAACGCAGGAGCCGGCAACCUCCUCAGACGGCCGGUGCAGUCCAGCCAGGCGCUGGUUCAAAAACGUUACAAAGGAAUAAUGAUAAGGGAGUUAUGACCAGCGAUAAUCAAGAUAAUCAUGGUGAUAAGGAGGAAAUUACGCAAUCACGGUUUGCAAUCUUAAUAGCUGGACCUAUUAAUGAGGAGGAUCAUAAUCAAAUAAUUAAUUCUGUUACUCCUCAUAUGGGGGCCCCUCAGUUUGAAAUUCCUCAGAAAAUAUUGACUAAAUCCAAAAAGUCCAAAGAUACCCCUAGGACUAAAUCAACGGUUCCUACUAUGCAUACGGCUCAUUCUUUAAGCACGGGUAAGAGGUGUCCAGUCCAGAGUGAAAAUCGUGAAGAUCAUACUCGCGUUCCACCAUCUCCAUCAAUUGCUACUCCCAUGGCGGUUAGUCCUAUGCAAGCAAAUCAACAUGAUCAGGAAAAUGGGAUGAAAGCAAAUAGCACUUUGAACCAGAAUCAAGAGCAGUUAUAUGACACAUUUCAUAAAACUGGUCCUGAUAUAUCAGUUGACAACAGCAGCGACAUCCAAAAUCCUAAAACCUCAACCAUCUCUACGUGCAUGGAGGUGGACAGAGUUCACCAGGAAGAUAUUUCAAGAAUGAAGGAUGCAAGAACCUUGGAGGGAGCAGUGAAACCCCAGUUUCAAAAAUCGCUUUUUCUGUUUACUAGGAAAUAUAAGCCUAGUAUUGUAGUGAUUCUAGAACCUCGGUGUAGUGGUCAAAAAGCUUCUGACAUUAUCCGAAAAUCUGGGUUUAAGCAUGCUUUUGUUCAAGAGGCAGAAGGUUACUCAGGGGGUAUUUGGAUCCUCUGGAAUGAUGAGACUGGUCUCGUUGAAAUUCUGCUGGAUCUUGGAGGAUCAGGUCCUUGGUUUACAUGGAAGGGUCCGAAGUUUCUUCAUCUUGAUCGUGUUUUUAAGAGGCUGAACCGAGCCUGUGCUAAUGCAAGUUGGAAGACUACCUUUACUGAUGCUGGCGUUAAGGUACUUCCACGGAUUUAUUCUGAUCAUAGUCCCAUUUUGGUCUACUUGUCUAACUUGGACACAGGUUGGAAAAAUCGUCCCUUUCUCUUUGAGAUUGCUUGGAUGGAGCAUUAUAACUUUACUCAGUUUCUGGCUAGGAGCUGGAAUGUUGUGAAAGACACUAGAACGAAUCUGCAUGAUCUGACUCCAAAUUUAAAAAGAUGGAACAAGAUAGUCUUUGGCAACAUUUUCAAUAGGAAGACUAACAUAUUGCAUAGUAUUGCAGAAAUUCAGAAUCAUGUUGAUUAUCAUACCAACUUAUCUCUCCAAUCUAGAGAAAAGGAGGUUAGGAAGGACCUUGAUGCGGUUCUCAUACAAGAAAAGAUCUUAUGGUUUCAAAAAGCCAGGGAAGCUAGACAACUUCAUCAAUUGGUAACAGAUUUCUAUAGCAACUUGUUUAGUGAGGAAGUCCUUAAUCGUGAUUGGGUGAAAUCAAAGACUACUUGGCCCCUUCUGUACGAUGAUCUUCUAUCUAAUCUGACUCGUGACUUCCUUCCUUCAAGAGGAGUUCGUCAGGGUGAUCCUUUAUCUCCCUACAUUUUUGUUCUAGCCAUGGAAAAAUUGUCUCAUCUCAUUCAAGAUGCGGUUGACAAUAAGAUAUGGAAGCCAAUCUCCGUGGGAUCAAAAGGUCCUAAGAUAGCCCAUCUGAUGUUUGGAGACUUUUAG